AAUGUUCUGUGGUAUUAGUACUCAGUAUUGGGUUUCUACGGCAAAUAGAGGCAAAAGGAAAGCACUACUUUACUUGGGUCAACCUUUCGGUGAUUAUUUCAGUCAUCUUCGGGGCUAAAAAAUUUAGUGUUUUUUUUUGGUUCAGGUGAGUGGUGUGAUCGAGUUUAUUCGUCCUGGAAGUGUGGCAGAACCUCAAGAAUAUUUAGCUUCAACUAGAAAUAAAGAAAAUACAUAAGUGAUAUUAGCAUUAAUCUACCUAUAAUAACUUUUUUGACUUUCUGCUACACUUGCAGGCCGAAUAAACUCGAUCAGGCUAACGAUAUACCCGGUUUUGAAAACAAGCUCUCACCCCUUAUCUGAACAAAGAUCACAAAAUUCCGGAUCUUGAACAUGGUUCAAAAUAUCGCCGAAAUGUUGGUACAAGUAAAAUAGCCUUUUUACUCGUGCCUCUUUAGGACCGAAAAACCCAGUAAGUAGUACCAAGACCAUUUUUAACUAUCCAUCCACACGCUUACAUACAUUUUCAUCAAUUCUUUAAUGCCGCUAGCUAAGUCGACAAUUAAAUUUCUUCACAGCUCGCCAAGUUCAACAGGUGCUGUAAUAAAUGAGAUAUUUCCAAUAACAAAAAUCCAGUCGAUACAGACCUGGUAAACUAGCUGGCCAACGUCUGCCUUCAUUGUUGGGAAUUUUACCCGGGAACAUUUCAGGCAAAUAAUCAGUUGCCUUUUUCGCAUUGUGCGGUUGAUUUCCGUUUUCUAUGAUGUUCAGCCUAAUGAUAUGGUCGAUAUACUCGAUACCUUUUGUGAUAAGCCUUGCAAAUUCUUGGAAACUGAUGACUACACAAACAACACCGAGCUUCAAUUAAAAAACUACAUAUAGGUAGCCUGUAGUUGACUCCAAAACGAUGUUUAGACUAGUGACUGAUAAGAAGUAUUUCCCAAACAAAUAGUUGAACAUUCAAUUUGCAAAAUGUUAUUCAUAACGCAGAUUUGUCCUCGUUUGGUGCACUUGAAAUUGCUUAGUGUUGAGGUAGUGCAGUUGUAGUGUUCGGUACAAAUGACUUGAAUAUACAAAGUUGAACAUUUUCUCGAAAAUGCCUGGAUUAAUUGUGUUCAGGAGACGUUGGAGUGUCGGAUCUGAUGACUUGGUUGUUCCUGGAGCUUUCCUAUUUACUACACAUUUAAUAUGGACAAUAAUUUUAGGAGUGAUAUUCGUCGUAGUAGAAUAUGACAGAAGUGUUCAUUGCGUCCUACUAUUAUGGGGUCUCGUAGUAGGAUAUCUGGCCAUAUUACUGCUGUCCAUGAUAAUAGAAGUAGCUGUAUGCGUGGUAGCUUUACGGGGAAGUAUUCUGGAAACUGGCCCGAGAAGUUCGAUGCAGUAUAUUCUGUACAUAAGACUGUCUGUGAUGAUCAUCGAAGCUGGUUGGUUAACCGCUGGAGUAGUGUGGUUGAGUAAUUACUAUGUCGACUGUCCAGUCGAUAAGGCUAAAGAGACUGUUUUAGCUAUGGUAGUUUUUAAUUGGUGCAUUCUACUAUCAGUGCUAAUUACUGUGUGGUGCUGUUACGAUACAGCCGGCCGUUCCUGGGUGAAAAUGAAGCAGUACCAACGAUCUAUGAGAGAGUCUGAAUCGAAAUUCCAAUAUAAACGUUCUGGGAGUACUAGAAAUUGGAGGCAAAGUUUCUUUCAAACCAGCAAUAGAGUAUGCGAAUACUGCGAAAAUCACGCCUUAUCCACUCUGGUACUGCAGCGUUGCGAUGUGCCUUUUUUUGUCAUAUCGCGAAUGAAAGUGUUGCGAGCCUAUCAGGAUAGUUGGCAAAAUAGAUGCCGCUUUCUGUUUUGCUGCUCCACUCCUUCAGACAGGAACCGAAACUCCUUUGCCGAUAUUGCUCGACUGCUAUCCGAUUUUUUUCGUGAUUUAGAUGUAGUACCGUCCGAUGUUGUUGUCGGUUUGGUGUUGCUGAGAAAGUUCCAGAAAAUUGAAAGAAAAGCCAUUGUGGAACAGCGCAAAAACGAUACAUAUGAAUUUUUGAGCGGAGUGGCUGUUACCCCUAGAACCCAAUUUCUGUCCCUACAUGAAGAUGGAGCCGAUUUGAACCUAUUCCAAACCGUCAUCCACUACGCUCAUUUUGCUGUUUUAGCUUAUGGCUGGCCCAUAUUCGUUAUGAUGAACAAAACUGGAGUUUGUCGUCUCUGCACUGGUCUUCAUUGUUGUUGCAUUCCAUGUCGAAAGCAUAGCGAAACUGAUCCAGAGAUCGUCGACGAUAAUUGUUGUCAGUGCAAUUACUCGGUGCUUAAAAAGCUAAGCGAUCUGGGUGAUAUUGAUGUUAUAUACGCUACUUAUCAUGUGGAUGUUGGUGAAACUCCGUUUUUCGUUGCCUUAGAUUAUGAUAGGAAGAAAAUUGUCAUUAGUAUUAGAGGAACGUUGUCUAUGAAGGAUAUUCUAACGGACCUAAAUGCAGAGAGUGAAACGAUACCUUUAAAUCCACCAAGAGAAGACUGGACAGGUCAUAAGGGCAUGGUACAAGCAGCCCAUUAUAUUUUGGAGAAAAUCGAGCAAGAGCAACUGAUAGAAAGAGCGAGAGCUAGAAAACCUGAACGGGGGACUAAAGAUUUCGAAAUUGUUAUUGUUGGACAUUCUUUAGGAGCAGGCACAGCAAGCAUAUUGGGCAUCCUCAUGCGACAAAUCUACCCAACUCUGCAAUGUUUCUGCUACUCUCCGCCGGGUGGAUUAUUAUCGGCUCCAGCUGUUGAAUAUACCAAAGAAUUUACAGUGUCUGUAGUUAUAGGAAAAGACGUCGUGCCUAGAAUAGGGUUGCAUCAAAUGGAAACACUGAGAACAGAUCUGAUUAAUGCGAUCAAAAGAAGUGUGGAUCCCAAGUGGAAAACAAUAACGUGCAGUAUAAUAUGUUGCGGCUGUUCUCAACCGACUUCUGCAGUGGAGAUGUCCACUGGAGAAACAGAAGUGUCGGAGUACAUGCGAAGUAAACACAACGCCAGAUGUAUGGGUAUUCAUCCUUCGGACAGUUCCAUUGCUUUAACGAGCCAUCAGCCUCUCUAUCCUCCUGGUAGAAUUAUACAUGUGGUGCGACAUCAUCCGACCAGUGGCCAGCAAGCGCUGUCCAAGAAAGAGCCAGUUUACCAAGCGCUAUGGGCGGCCAAUACGGAUUUCGAUGAAGUGCUGAUCUCUCCCGUAAUGAUCCAGGAUCACAUGCCAGACACAGUUCUGGAAGCACUCAACAAGGUUGUAACGACAAUGGGUCCGAAAAAGCCACAUCGAUCAUCGUCAACGAGCGAAUCAGCAGCAAACUAUUAUUCGGCUGCUUCAAAUCCAAAUAUGUUCCUGGAAACCAGUUUCACAUCGCUACAGAGUCCGUCUAGUAAUUCAUCGAUUACGAAUGGAUACUUUUCUACGAAAAGUCAACCAUCUCCGAUUUCCGUGCAUCAACCAAUGUCCAGUUUUAACUUGUCCAUUCGAAGUAAUCGCUCCGAUAUGUCUUUUAAGAGUCAACAAUUGCCUCUAACGAAGCAUGAAGAACCGCCUUCAAUCACCAAGAGCCUUAGCCUGAAUCUGAUUCCCAAAGUAGAUUUAAUCCAUGAUGACUGGCUGGGAUUAGCACCUCUUGCUAGCCCGGAAAGUAUGUCAGAAUUGUCCAGUAUUAGUUCCAGAGCCAGUGUAGUGGCAACGAAUGUUAUUGUAGAUAUUUGCAGAACCCCAAAGAUAAUGCGACGUACUCCCAAAAUAAUUGGCGACCUCAGUACGUGUGCGGAUGAUAUUCGCAACAUAAGAAGUUUUCAAAAUUGCAAAAAAUUCCCGAUGCUUUUCAUCAAUAAUAACAACCGAGCGGAAAGUUCAUCCAGUAGUAGUGUUAGCUUUGAGUCAGCUUCGAGCAACAAAUGUUGUGGAGAGUCGAGUAAAACCGGAGGAUGUUCCAAAGAUACUUUGGGUGUACUUUGUGGUGCUGAGGGUCGCACUUCGAGUGGAAGCGAUUUUCAGUCCGCUGAAGACAUUUUGGAUAACGUUUUAACGAGCGCCGGAUGCAAAGAGUUCUUCAAUUCGGAUCCUAGUAUCCUUGAAAUGCACCACGGGCUUUUAUUGGAAGGAAGCCCACCGCCUGUGUAUUUUAUCAGUUCGCCUUCGACUCCAGUAUAUCCGCAGGUAUUAACUCCCGGAACACCACAAGAACUGGAUCCAGACAUUAUCUCAAACCUCGCUAUUGAUUUGGCCUCCGAUGAGGAGCACCGAUCAAUUCAGUUCCUCCAAAGUAAAGCCAGUUCCUCUAUCGAUUCAGGAAGUGUUUGCAGGACUCCUUCCGACACUACCAAGAACGUUACUUUUAACCCUCAAGUCAUCACAGUGGACACAAUUUGCGAAGCCAAUUACUCCCCGCCGGUGAGAUGGAGACUGUUUAAGGGCAAAAAACAGAAACAGCAGUUUGAUACCCCCAAAUUACCUCCGGUUUCAAAUCCAAUCAGUUCCGCAGUUCCUAUCAAAACAAUUCUCUCUAAGGGCAAACGAACAGAAGCUGAUAUGCCGGGCAGUGAUGAGAUUCAGUGUUUUUCUAGAACAGAGGCAUUGCCUCUUUUAAGUGGUUUAAAUAACAGUGUCGGGGAACGGACGCCCUCUCCUAGCUUUGUGAGGAGGAAAAAGUAUGUUUAUCCGUCGGACAUAGUGGUGAUGAACAAACCGCCCCAUGAAAGUGCUGUGUAGUCAAAUAGUGAGAUUAUUUAGAAAUGUUGAUAAUAGAAGAAAAAUUUUAGGCAGUAAUAGAUUUUUAGACGACGACGGUAUUAAGGAGAUUAGUUUCAAUCAAAUGUGCAAAUUUGUUUCUGAGUAAAUCUGAAAUAUAUUAAGCAGAUUUAAAAAUAUGUUAGAAGCUUCAGCUAAGACAAGAAAAGACAUAUUUUUCGAGCAUAUCGCGGUAAAAUUGUUUUCAAUUUAAUGGGGAUUUUCAGGUGCAGAGCCAAUGCUGUCUAAUAAGAUUUAGUCGAUAUUUUUAUUAUUAUUAGCUAGACCGCAACAGUAUUUACAAACAAAUACAGAUUGUUAAAAAACCACAGGAAAUGUGAUUACACUGGAUAAAAUGAAUUAAGAAAUCGUGUAAUAAAGUGCGUAAUUUCUUAGAUAAGAACUUACUGUUCCGAUUUUCAGUUGAAAAUAGUGUAUAAUUUAUAGAUUAUUUUAAAGAAGAAACGAUAUUAGAUACGGAAAAUGAGUAUUAACUAUUUUGAGACUUAUUUGGACUCUUAAUAAAAGUUCAAACGCUUAAAGUUUUGCUGUGCUGCAAUUUUUGACGUGACCAGCAAGUAUAAGGAGACACACAUGGUAAUUUACUUUACCAGUUUUUUUAUUUCAUCUAUGAAGAUCUUGAAGUAUAAAGGCAUACAAGAUUCACAUCAUGUAACAUUUUUAAACAUUCAUGUGCUAAUGAGAACAAUUUAAAAUAUCAAGUCGCACACUUAAAAUUAAACUACACUCUUUUAUGUGCCCUUGUUACAACUUCUAUAAUUACUAUUUAAAAAAAAAACAGCUUUUAGCAAUGACUUUUGCUAUAAAUCUGCGAUGUAUUAAAUUAAUAUUUAUGCAAAAAUAUACGGCGAAUGAUAUCAUUGACGAAUAAGAGUAUAGCUAAAAUCGCUCGUCGAAUUACAUUGGUUUUGUACAUAUUUAAGCUUGUUUUAUGUCUUAAAUGUUUUGUGAAACAACCGAGAAAAGUGACGCUAAUUGUGGCAAUAUAUAAAUACGCAGAGGAAAACAUGGAAGGAAAGUAGAAAUUCAUACCUAAAAGUCAUAUGGCUGUAAAUAAAGCCAACAUGAAGAAUGGCUUCGGUAUUCAAAAUAAGCAUUGAGAAGAGAUACACAAUAGUUCACAAGUGCUAACCAAUAAGACUGAAAACUUAAAAACCCAAACAACAGAAAAUAUGGUGAAUUUGAAGUUCGAAAUUUAAUAUUUGACUCUAUGUUAUUAAUACCGCUCCCAGAGUUAAUCACGAAAGAUGCUUCAAAAGCAAACUUGAAGCAAAUCCCAGUAAAAAUAAUAAAUCAGAAAAAAUCUGAUAUAAAGACAGUUAACAAGAAACGAUAAAGUUCAAUAUAAUUAGAAAAAAAGUUAUUUGCCAUUAGUAUAAAUUAUAACCGAUAAUUUAAUCGAUGGCAUUGGCAUUCCUUGAACAAAUCCAAGUUUGAAUACCUAGAUCAGGAAGAUUACAAUCUGUUUUACUAAAGAAGAUACAGAAAAUGUGAAAUUUGCGAAAACGGUAAUUUACAAACAUCAUCACCUUGCGCUUUAUUAGUACGGAAGCUGGAAAUAUGAAAGCUUAGUUAGCAAUAAGAGAAGUCGAAAACCCCACAAUUUAAAUGCGAGAAAACCACAUACGAAAACAAACUCGUUGGAAGCGAGUAAAUUAUCACCUGUAAAUUAUCUGAAGACUAACUAAGUGCGUACAAGAACCAUCGAAUUUUGCUGAAGAAAAACGCUAUAAUCGUUCAACAUCUGAAGAAUGCAGCAAUUAUUGUAGAAACCCACAUGUGCAAUCAAAAGAACGACUGGAACAUAAUCCCAUAUUAUGUUGGCAAUACCAAGAAUAUAAAAUAGUUUGAAGACUCGCGAUUUAUGGUAAAACUAUUACGCUCAACCCCGAAACAUAAAUUUAUUUAGGACCUCACGUAUCAGAAAAUAUAAAAGUAGUAGUUAAAAAAUAAUCCCGUAAUCCAAAGAAGGAGAACUGGGUAGUGGAAACAGUACUUCACACGGCAAAACGGUUUGUGAGGAAAGAAAUUAACUUGAACUUAACUUAAUAAAAGUAUAUAUAUAUACGUAUGUAUGUCUAGCAGCACUUUAAGAUGCUUAUUUGCUUCAGAGGUAGCGAUUUUCAACACGUUUCCAAAUACUACCAAAAAACCUUUACACAGCAUAAAGAUUAAAAACUAUUCUGUGCUACCAAGAAGUGGCAUGCUGCCAUAAAUAUGGCGUGAAACAUGCAACCACGAAAUGUAAAGGUUUAAUUCUAAAAUAUCGCAAAUGCAAAAAAACCCUGUUAUAAAAUUCAAUAAACUGUUUAUUCUAUGAAUUUUCAAGAAAUAUAUAUAACAAAUUUCAAAAAGUGGACAAGCAUCACUAAAUAAUUAAAGCGUGAAGUCGUAGAAGCCAAUUAAUCUACAUAUAGAGAGAACCAAUAGAUUGGAGUGAGGCUAUUGAAAAAUGACAAUCAACUGAUCACAGAAAUCAGCGACAAAAACAGAAGAACUGUUAGCACUUUACCGAUUUUGAAGUACUAUCUAUCAUGUAGCAACACUUGCUAAAAUCAUUGUCAUAGAAAAUUGGAAAAUAAAAAAUCUGCUAAUUAAUUUGGCUCAAUGUUUUGCUGCAAUCAGUUCAUUGUAAAAGUGCACUUUGUGCUCUAUAAGGCACUGCGUUUAAAAGGUACUUUAAAAAUGAGACACUAUUGUAAAGUCAUAAACUUAAAUGUAAAUUUUCCGAGUCAUCAUCUAACACUAACAAAGUAAGAUCCCUACUAUAGGUACAUACACUUAUAUAACACAUUAAAAUCACAUCUUCGAAUCAUCGAAGCUUUUAGCAAAGAGGCGAACAAAUACAUAAUUGUUGAGCUGUUGGAAUAAUGAGAUGGAAGCUUAUAACUAAAAGAAAUAUUGUCAAAACUUAUAAUGUAUAGUCGGGCGUUAUCCUGCGUAACUUACUAUUUCUUUUGGCGGUACUUCAUUUAUGUACCGUCCAUAUUUCAAGUGAGCAACAUUUUUUGUCGUGUAUCUGUGUAAUUUAUACUUAUGCUAAUUUUUGCAUUGUCGCACAGCCAGACUAUUAGCUAAACCAAUUUCUGGACUACAGUUAGUAGACCAAAGAAUUACUUGAAUUUUAUUCCAAUAGCCAAACGUGAUUUAAAUGCUCCACGUUAUCUGCACUCUAAGUUUUUAAUAAAUCGGUCAAGUUUUUACUUUGAAAGCUACCUGGUGCGAAUGAGUCGCAAAGUGAAGAUGUGCAAUUAUAUUCUGCAUAUUUCUUAAUUAACUUGAGCUUUCCUAUUUUCUUGUACAAUUCAAAAAUCAAAUCAUACUACUAAGUACGUUAAAAGACAUUGAUUGCAUAGUGAUCUAAACCUCAAUAGUUAAGUGUAAAUAACAUUCAACUUUCUUCUAGCCGAAAAAUGCUAUAAAAGUUAAGAUUUUGCGAAAAAGUAUUAAUUUUACACUAGACACCUACGUCAUUUAAACUUUGAUAUUUUUUAAUUUUUCUAGUAGUUAAUAUUUUGAAGUUUCUAUUCAUUAACACUGUUUGCUACAAAUUUGUUGAUUUAAAGACCCAGUUAUAUGUUAUUAUUUCUGAGAUACUAAAUAAUGGUGGACCUCGAAUGCAGAAAACAAUAUAUAAUCUAGAGAUUAUACGAGUAAACCUUAAUUACGUUUUUAGCGUUUUUUUGGAGCCCCGUUAAAUUUAAACCUCUAAAUUUUGUAUGAACCCCACCCAUUGGGAACACACGUAUUCCAACAUAGCAUCAUCCUCUUCAAAAAUAAGGAGACUUUGGCAAUUAUAAAUGUACUACACUCAUAUUCUAAUAAAUAUUUACUCUGCUUCAUUUUAAAAGCUGCAAAGCUUAUUACGUUCAUAAGGUUUAAGCUUGUCAGGUAUCCAUCAUAUAGAACCAAGCCUUCAAAACUUCCGUUCUAAUAACAGUCUCGUUCCGUCUACUACCUUCUUAUGUAUGUAGCAAUAAUUAUGAAAAAACUAUUCAGCACACAUCAUAUAACCCAAAAGACUAGUCGCUUAUUAAAUAUGCAGUAAUGGUUGAUCAGUAACAUCCUUUGAUUGAAACUGAUCUGCUAAAUUAAAAAGUUACUUCACUUGUAAGCUACUAAAAUUUAAAAAAGAACCGCUCCUAUGCAGCCAAGAACUUAGCUGGAUAUUUAGAUUUCACAUUCAUAUUUGAUGAACUGAAAAUUGUUGAGGACCUUGUCUGAAUGGGAGUAAUUUCAUGUUUUUGUAGUUGAUAACCAUACCAUACUGUUGUCAUUAGGGUCCAAGAUGUGUACAGGUAAUAUUCAUUUGGGAAUUCGACACUUUUACGAAUGGUAGGUACAUAUUUCAAUAAAAUAUAGUUGAUUUAUUCUUAUA